AUGGCUGCUGAAGCUAUUAUUAUCCCUCAAGUGCUGGUUACAGGAGCCUCUGGUUUUAUAGCUACUCAUAUUAUCCAACAGUUACUUACUGGAGGACAAGUUAAAGUAAGAGGUACUGUCCGUAGUUUCAAAAAUGAAUCUAAAGUCAAACCUCUUCAAGAUCUAGUACCUGAUGCUACUUAUCCUCUUGAGCUAGUGGAAGGAGACCUCUUAAAUGAGGAAUCAUGGAAAGAAGCUGUAAAGGGAUGUACCCACGUCUACCAUGUUGCCUCCCCUUUACCUUCAAGUGCUCCACAAGAUGAAAAUCAACUCGUCCGUCCUGCAGUAGAAGGUACUUUGAACGUUUUAAAAGCUUGCGCUGAAGCUGGGACAGUUAAACGUGUUGUCCUCACUAGUUCAAUGGCAGCCAUUUCUGGGGGUCUUCAUGGAGUAGAAGGUCAUGUUUAUACUGAGAAUGACUGGAUGCCAGAGGAUGGCCUACCAGCCUACGAAAAGAGCAAGAUCCUUGCAGAAAAAGCAGCAUGGGACUUUUUAGAGAAACUAGAAGAUGAUAAAAAAUUUGAAUUAAUUACUGUUCAACCAGGUGUUGUUAUUGGACCACCUCUGACAGUAGCAACUACAGAAUCAACUUCACUAUCAUCUGUUAAGAAAGUUAUAUCAAAUGAGAUUCCAGUUCUUCUUAAUAUUAACUUACCAUUAGUAGAUGUUCGAGAUGUUGCUAAAGCUCAAAUUGUUGCCAUGGAAAAAAUCAGGGACAGCAGGAAAACGUUUCAUUAUUACAGCUGA